AUGUGGCAUGCUUUCCAAAGAUUAGAAGAGAUCAGCACUCUUUCCAUUGUUGGCUGCCCUGAAUCUGAUUGGCUGGAAUCCCUGCAGGUGGCUGGUUGGAAUUCCCACACUUGGCACUGGAUGGGACAGUGGUGGUCGCCGAAAGAACAUGCCACCGUUUCCUUGAGAGACACAAGUAGCGUGGAGUCACAGCAAGCAAACCCAUUCUUGUCAGAUCCCUUGAAGUUCAGCAGUGGGAUUUGCUCUGCAGGUAGUCUCGUGGUGCAGUUCACUUCGCUGAGUACUUCUUACUGGAUGCUGGAAUCUACCCGCAAAGGACUGGUCCAUGGUGGACUCUGGAGGAUCUGCUUGGGUCCAACAUGCACUUUCUAUCGGUUCCAUUUAUUAGCCCCCCAAAUCCAUGUGACCCGAGGAUUUCUAUUGAUGGCUUGUUUCUGUGGACUCAUCUCAUUGCUAUGCAUUUGUGUCUCUUUUGAACACAAUGACUUAUACGGCAUAUCAGUGGUCCGAACCGCUGCCUUCUUGAGCUUCCUUACAGGCUUCCUCAUCAUGAUUGGCAUGUCUAUUUUCACAACUUUUUACAGGAGAUCCAAAGCUUACACAGAAUUUUUACUCAUAUUUGGUUCCUCUUACGGCUUGGGCUGGGCCUCCAUUCCUUUGUAUGCAAUGACUGGUAUACUGCUAGUACUGACUCACAAAACAAUUGUCUCUGAGCAAUGGAUCCAGUCUUCCCUAGAUAUAUGA